AUGCAUUGGAAAGGCCUGCGGCUGGUCGCCGACAGCAGCUCUAAACGUCAAAGUACCAUUGAUCCUCAACCCCAGUCCCGCCGCAGCGAACAUUUGCCACGUCCAAGCCCACCUUUAUCUGAACCGAGAUUUUCAGAGUCUACGGCUCGCGGUUUAGCCCCGUCCCCGAUCGAUGGAACCGAUGAUUCGAGACUCGGGGUGCCUAUCGAGAUUCCAGACCAUGGCAUGACCCAGUCUAACUCCGCAGGCCCCUCCUCUGGAGAUACUCCCAGCUUGCGACGGAAUCGUUUCAGCUUCAUGAGGCUCCGGCAUGCCUCUGACCCGCAGCUGUCCAAAAGCUACGCCAAGGCCGGUCAACAGGAAGCUCCACCGAUACCCUCCUUGCCGCCCCCUACCAUCAUCACCACCGCCCCCACCAGCCACGAGCUCGACCAGCCCACCAAAGACCUACCUAGAUUCAACAAGCUUCGGCCUUCAUCCCGCAAGCACUCCAUGGAAGAGCUAUCCCGGAACUCAACAGAUCAAUCGAGGAUGAAGCCGGCACGAAAGAAUAAAGGAUCAACAGACUCGCAAGUUGAUUCCAGCCUCUCAACGUUUCAAGGCAGUGGGGAGGAACCGGGGCGUCUUUCAACAACGUCAUUACACAGUGGAGGUCGAGAUCAGAUGAACUUGAACGAUUCACAACGCUCGUCGGUGACAGACCCUCGCUUCUCAGAAUCAUCUCGCUCAGACCAGAGCUAUGGUGACCAGGCCGCAUACCGAAGUAACUCCCCUCGAGAAGGCUUCGGGUCAACAUCCAGUGCCAAGCGAGGCUUCCGUAUGCCACGACUGAAGCGCCAUCGCAGCCCUCUUUUCCCCCUCCCCCCAAACCUCCACCGGGCCAGUCAAUUCUUAAUGGCCCUAGAUUCCCACCGGCAGAUACCCCACGAUCAGAUGGGUCUGGAGAACAUGAUCAAAUCUCGCCUCUUCCCUCGCCGUCUCGAUCUACCGUGGGACUCGGUACCAUAA